AUGAACCCCACUUGCGCAGUGCUGCUAGUGGCAUUGGUCGGAUCGGCUUUCGGCUUCCCGCAGGUAAAGGAGCCAGUUCCGGUGCCCCAGGAUGGAACGAUUCUGAUUUCGAGACCAUCCGGACCGCUGCCCGUAGAGCUUCAACAAAAUGCCCCCGUUGAGCAGGAGAUAGUCCCGGAAGCAGAGCCACAAAAUGAUGAACCUGCCCCAGCUGCGGCUGUUGUUGAUCCGGUUGAGUUGGCUCAGGUUAACCAGGACCAGGAAGCUGUCCGUGCCAAGCGUCAGUUUGGAUACGGCGAAAUAGAUGUUGAAAUCGAUGUUGUUGGAGGCGGUGGAUUCAAUGGUGGUGGCUAUCCGGGAUACGGAGGAUACGGUGGAUACGAUGAAGGUUAUGGCGGAUAUGGUGAAGGCUAUGGAGGGUAUGGCGGAUACGGUGAAUUCGGAAACCGUCGUCAUCACAACCGUGGAUAA